GCUUAGGAACAAGAAUCCUGGGCUGGGGCUAUAGCUCAGUGGCAGGGCACUUGUCCAGUAUGGGCAAAGGUUUGAAUGUGACCCCCAGUACUAAAAAAAAAAAAACAAACAAAAUCUAAGGGCAAGUCAAUAUCUAAAUUCAGACCUCUGCUUGACUGUGUGACCCUGGGCAAAUUGCUGGCCAUCUCUGGCUCUUCGGCCUGGCUUCUCAGCAGCGUAGUGUAACCCCACCCAACAGGUCCUGAGAGCCACUCCCUCCUGCACCUGGCUAAGUGCUCUCCAUGCCUCAUCUCAGUUUAUUCUUGCUCAGCGUUGCAAAGUAGGAAGGGUUCUUCCUUCUACCCAGGCUGUGGUUGGCCGCACUCUCAUGCUGGAACUCACAUCUGAACCCCUAAACACCCUGAUGUACCCAUGUUGUCAGCCCCAAUCCCUGCUCUGAGCUGACCUGGAUACAAACUGUCCCGUGCCCUUCCCACCAGACUGCAGACUGGGCAGCUCACUACAAUGGCCCUGAUUCCUCGUGCACAAGCCCUCUCCCCUCUGGUGAAUCCAAAUUCACCUGCUUCCGGUGGUCUCUGCAGCCCAGGGCCAGCCCCGCUCCCCUCUGCCUGACCUCUCCUCCUGCCUUCUGGAGUCUGUUCCCGUGCAGGCAGCCAGUGAUCAGCUCAUUUCGUUCUUGGCCCAGAAUCUCCCCACAGUUCCCUAUCACACUUACGAUGAAAAUGAAACUUCUUGCACAGCCUAAAAGUCCCCAAGCUGACUCAAACUUGUACCCACAGGGCCUUUGUACGGCCUCCCCUUAAAGCAGCCCUCUUCCUUGUUAUCUCCUUGCCCUGCAGGAGUCAAUCCCAACAUCAGCUCCUCUGAGAGAGAUGCCUCCCGCUUCUCCUCAAUGAUCACUUCCCCAGGUUUCCUCACAGCCCUCGAUGUCCCUCUGAAAUUAUUGGGUUCCAGCACGUAAUUCGCCUGUGGCCCUCUGGAUCUAGGAUGCUGAGGCAAUGAACUUCAUGGUCUUGCUCAGACCCCCGGGACAGAAGAAGCUCAGGAAGUAGAGCAAGGAGGAAGGAUGGGACUUAGAGAUAUGAAAGGGACUUGCCCGGGCCACACAGCAACAGAACUGAGCACCAGCCAGGACAGUCAGACCUCACAACCUGCCAGCUUAAUUCCAGGGCCAUAUUAGGUUGAGUUUGGCUGCGGGGCUGGACCUCCAGCUCCACUAACUUACUGUGUGUCCUUAGGCAAGAAGGCACUGAACCUCUCUGAGCUUGUUUUCUCAUCUGAGAAUGUUAGUGAUGCUCCCUCUAGUGGAGUAAGUGAAAUACUGCAGGUAGAGUGCAUGGCAGGGUUACCUAAUACAGUAUCGUAAUUGUAAAUAUGGUUAUUGUCGCCCGCUCUGGGCCCUUCCUGUUUUGAGGACCUAGAAAGAGCGACCCCCUGACUUGACUUCCCCCUCAAGAUGGGCAUCUGAGUAUGCCAAUCACACGUCCCCCCACUGGUCAGACGGGUUUGGGGAUGGGCAGGCAGAGGGUGGGGCUCAGGUAGGGCUGGCCAGGGCUAAUUAGAGGGAACUGGGAGAGGGACUGGGCAGAGACUCAGCCUGCAGAUCCCCUAGGACUCCACAGGUGUGAGAGUGAGGCCAUGGGCCGUGGCUUAAACUCUACCAGACUCAGGCGCCAGAAACGGCGCUUGCGACCUCGGGUCCAGGAGCCCAGGCAGCAGCCUGAGGUGAGUGGGUAUCAGGGAGGCCUUACUCUUGCCGUGCUAGGGUCAGCCUUCUGCUCACCCUGGAACCUCCUCUCCACUGCCUCUGAUACUUGGGUGUCCGCCGCCCUAUGCCCUUCUUUCCUGCUUUCAUGUCUGUGUCCGACACCCGCUCCCUCACGUGCUCUCUUUGGGUCCGUGUCCCUCCCUGCUCUGUGGGUCAGCUCCAGCUUGAUGUCACCUUAUCUCCGACCCUCUGCAUGGUCCCCACAGCGGCUCAAGCAGGAGAACCAUGAGCUCCGCAGGGGCCUGGCAGCCCGGGGUGCAGAGUGGGAGUCCAGAGCUGUGGAGCUGGAGGGCGACCUGGCAGCCCUGCGGGCCCAGCUGGGGGAGCAGCGCUCAGAGCAGCAGGACAGCGGGCGUGAGCGGGCUCGGGCUCUUGGUGAGCUCAGUGAGCAGAACCUCCGGCUCAGCCAGGAGCUGGCCCAGGCCUCUCAGACCGAGCAUGAGCUUCAGAGAGAACUGGAUGCACUGAGGGCCCAGUGUCAGGCUCAGGCGCUGGCCGGAGUGGAGCUGAGGACCCAGCUGGAGAGUCUGCAUGGGGAGAACCAGAUGCUGCAGAGCCGCCGACAUGACCUGGAGGCCCAGAUUCGAGGCCUGCGUGAGGAGGUGGACAAGGGCCAGGGUAGACUGCAGACCACCCAUGAGGAGCUGAUGCUGCUGAGGAGGGAGAGGCGGGAGGACAGCCUGGAGCUGGAACGCGCGCGCUUUGAGGCUGGUGAGGCUCUGAACGCACUGAGGAGGCUGCAGCGCCGAGUGUCGGAGCUGGAGGAGGAGUCGCACCUCCAGGACACCAAUGUGUCAAGUGCCUCGCUGCAGUCUGAGCUCGCCCACAGCCUGGACAGUGACCGGGAUCAGGAGCAGGACGCCAAUGCAGGCGAAGAUACCCAGAUCACCUCAUCCCCAGAGACCCAAGAGGCUUCUGUCCUCCAGUCUGCACCCCAGGUGGAUAGCUUGGAGCCCCCCAAGAAGCGAGCACCCCUAAGCCCAGCGGAGAUCCUGGAAGAGAAAGAAGCGGAAGCGGCCAGGCUGCAGGACGAGAUUGCGCUGCAGCAGGCAGAGCUGCAGACCCUGAGGGAGGAACUGCAAAGGCAGAAGGAGCUGCGGGCACAGGACAACCCGGAGGAGGCCCUGCGCAGUGCACUGUCGGACCGCGACGAAGCCGUGAACAAGGCCCUGGAACUGUCCCUGGAGCUCAACCGCGUCUCCCUGGAGCGCGACUCCCUGUCCCGCGAGCUGCUCCGCACGAUCCGCCAGAAGGUGGCGCUAACGCAGGAGCUGGAAGCCUGGCAGGACGACAUGCAGGUGGUGAUCGGGCAGCAGCUGCGCUCGCAACGCCAGAAGGAGCUGAAUGCAGCAGCGUCGGGCCCACGCCGCACCUCGAUUCUCUUCACCGGCAGCUUCCUCAGUAACUUCUUCCGGCGGACCUGACAGCCGGCUGAGGGGACACCCUUCCCCAUGGUGG